UCUACUGCAUAGCCAAGCUUGAAAGCCAACAUAUGAUAGAAGAGGGGAUCAACAUAAUGCAUACUCAUACCCCUGCCCUAAUAUAACGUACAAACGGUUGGACAACAACACAAACUUUUCCUGCAAUAUCUAUAUGCAUAUUAGUGGCACAGCUUGCAGGAUACAUAUUAUCCAAUCACAAAAUGUGAGUCUCGUCUGUGCCACGGCCACCGACAUUGUUGAAUAUGGAAGACUCCAAAUUGAUAUGUAUCGGCACGGUUUUCAUACUCUUCAGCCACACGCAUAAAGAUCAUCCAGCCCAAAGACAUCCGCAUCGUGUAUGUACAUAACCACCCAAAGUAUGGCUGAUUCCAGGGAAAGAUGUUCUGUGGAGGCUGCACCCACCUGGCCCUAGAAUAUUGAGAAAAACGAACUUGUGCUCGGCCAAGAAGAGGACCUAGAUCCGGACUCCUUCCUACCCAAGGAGGAUUGUGUCGCCUGGUUGCAAGUCCUAGGUGCCUUUUGUCUCAAUCUGAACACAUGGUAAGCCAAUAUCUUACCCUGUAUCAUCUGCCUUCUUCUCAUGCAAUAACCACAGGGGAUUGAUGAAUGCAUAUGGCGUUUAUCAGAGCUUUCACGAACUCAAUCUGUUGAGCUCCCGAAUCCCCGUCAAAUAUUUCCUGGAUCUGAUCAACACAGGCCUUCCUAUUGUUUCUUACCUCCGUUUCCGCAGGCCCGAUCUUCGACGCGGGCUAUUACAAGGUCCUGUUAUGGGCUGGCUCUAUUCUGACUGUCCUUGGAAUGUUCAUGACAAGUAUUUGCAACGAAUACUACCAAUUCUUCCUUGCUCAAGGGAUCAUGAUGGGUCUCGGCUUCGGCCUGCUCUAUCUACCUGCACCCGCCAUUGUUUCUCAGUUCUUUCAUGUCCGCCGAGCAAUUGCUGUAGGGAUAUCAUCUACUGGAAGUGCUCUUGGUACGUACCUAGCCAGCAUUAGAUCAAUAUUUCAUUAACUGACAUAACCUAGGUGGUGUAAUCUACCCCAUAGUCUUCACCAAGCUCCAACCGCACAUUGGAUUCGGCUGGGCUACUCGUGUUAUUGCCUUUAUAAUCCUCGCGACCUCACUCCCACCCCUUUUCUGUAUGAAGUCUCUCAGUGUACCCAAACCCUGGCGCACUGUCCUCGGUCCUACCGUAUUCAGGGACAUUCCCUACAUCCUCUUGAACGUCGGCCUCUUCUUUGGCUUCAUGGGUCUUUAAAUCAUCUUUUACUACAUCCAACUGUACGCCCUUGAGAAGAGUAGUUCUUCACCUGUUCAAGCAAACUACCUUCUCGUCACCAUCAAGGGAAGUUCCCUUUUCAAUCGUACUAUCCUAGGUUUCUAUGCUGAUAAAAUUGGUUCUAUCAAUGUUCAAACCAUCGUUGCAAUAACAAGUGCGAUAUUAACAUUUUGUCUCAUCGCUAUCAGAAGUUCAGCAGGGCUGGUGAUUUAUACCCUUCUGUAUGGAUUCUCUGCCGGUGCAUUCAUGGCGCCUCCUACGGCCGGCGUCGCUGGAUUAUCAGACGACCAUAGCAAGGUUAGUAUACGUUUAGGAAUGACCCUGGAGUUUGUUAGGUCCGGCGUUCUUGUUAGCACUUCCAUAGCAGGAGCUAUACUUAGUAGAGAUAACGGAAGUUGGGUUGGCUUAACCGUGUGGUGCGGGGUGCUACCCACAGCAGAUGCUGUGAGUAUGAUGGCGAGUCGAACAGCAAGAGUCGGGGUAAAAUUGAUUGAGGCAAUAUAAUUGUUGUUAAGACUAGUAACCU